GAGCUGAGGUGAGGUUCGUCGCUUCGUUGAUGUCUUUCGUUUAUUCCACUGUGUCUUCUGACUGGCGGCCGCAAAUCCAGAGCGAAUCGUGCCGUGCGAGGAUGAUUAAAAAUUCUUACACAAAAAAAGGAAAAUAGUGUCCCCUCGUCAAAAAAGGGGGGACCACUGCAUGGGAUGUUCCGAAUUCUGGGUGGGAAUUGUAAUAAAAACCCUCGCACAUUGAACAUUCGGAGGUUAGUUUCGUUCGGUGAAGUUGACUAAGUGAAUGUGGACCUUUGGACAAUAGUUUUCAACUCUCGUGAUGUAUCCCAGUGCGUGGUGUGUGAUUGUAUGCUUGAUUGGAAGUUUAUUCCUGUGUGACGUUGCCGUACCUGAUCCAGUGAUCGGUAGUGGAAGUGUCUUCGCGGCUACUAUUACACGUGCUCUAGUGCCUCCGAAAAGGGACGCACUUUUACUCGCAGGUCGAUAUGGUGCAGUGCAGCCAGAAAUAAUUGUAAACCGUGCACCAACGUCCACUGUCUCACCGCAAAGAGACCAAAUUGAUACAGGGUCUGUGGGAUACAAUUAUGAUGUGCCCGCAGCAGGAUAUCUUCCACCGGAGUCGGUUCCGUUCGCUGAUGAACCUCCAGCGCCUAUUCCACCGUCGGUUGUGAAUAAUUAUCUUCCGCCCGCUUCACAAGAUCAACCAGCUGCAGAUGAACCAGUGUUUCCCUUAUCACCUCCCCAAGUCAACGGAGACUAUAUACCGCCCAAUGAACCACCACAGAGAGAUGAGGUGUUUGUGGUACCGACGGUAACUCCAUCCGUUCCAGGAUACAACUAUAACCCUCCAACGACAUCAGCCUUCCCGCCCUUAGGUGAUGAAGGAUUCGAGGAUGGAAACGACACGGAGGGUGGAUAUCGGUAUGAUCCACCAGCAAACAUCUACGUUCCACCGUCAUCCGGAGGCGUUGGACGUUCCUUGCGGGAUGAUCCAACUAAUCAAAGAUCACCGAUACGAUUGCAGCUGAACGAGCUCGCUUGUCUGCGAAACAGUGGCGGAUACUUCCGAGCGUCUCUUACCGUGCAAAGUUCUAUCGAAAGUGCUCCACUUGUGGAUGUUGAGAACGAUGGUGGCGAUCUCAGUGGGUGUGAGAUGCGACUCGAUCAAUCGCGACUGCUCGUAGACAUUGCGUGGCCCGAUUUCGGUCGAUGUGGUGUGAUACCGUGCGGCCAAACGCCUACCCGGGAGUUGUGUUUACGAGUUCGGUUUCCCGCCAUUGCCGGGAUGCGAACGGCCAUUGAUCCGGUGCUAACGUUACAGUGUCGCAUACAGCAAAGGAUCGUUGCCAGGACACACUCGGUACGGCUCGGUGUUGCUGACGAUGUACAGGCCCGUGCUGGGACUGGGACGGCUUUUGCCGUUGGUGGUUCACAGCGACCGUUUCGCUCACAGCUGGGGAUCUUUCGGCGACAGAAUGGAGGUGGCUCAUUUACCCGGGCAUUACAACCGGGUGGAGCGGUCAUGUUGGGGGAAGAGUUGAUGCUAAGGACGCAAGUUUCUGCAGGUGAUGGAUGGAACUUUACACGACUGUCCGAGGUGGUGAUGCAACGGCUUUCACCCACCGGAACCGUACUCAAUUCGGCCUCACUUGUGAACGCUAACGGAUGUUUAAAUCCACUGAUGCGCGCCAUCAGCCCUAUAGCUCCAGUGUUUGAGGCUCCGCUAGGUUAUCGUUUGGGGUUCCGGGCGGCAAUGUUCCAGGGAAUGCGCAGUGGCGACGAGAUGGUACUGCGGGUACGGAUUGUGGGAUGUGUCGAUCGAAGGGAGUGUGUUGUGGAAAACUGCCAAACAACUGCACGCUCCAAACGAGACACCGAAAAUCCCGCUUCCGAAGGACAUGAAGCGAAUGAGACAUCUUCAUCAACUACCACAACACCAUCUCCUCCACUGACCGAAACAGCAUCGAUCGCGUUCCGCAUUAUGCUCCCUCCCGACAACGUUACCUCUGCCGAUCUUCAGGAUAAUCCGUCCGGUACUUCCCACUCACUGCUCUGGAUCACCAUCGGCACGACGUCCACGAUCGUGGUCAUCGCUGUCGGUGUGCUAGCGCUAGUGCUACUCACAUUACGCCACAAACGCCGUCCCAAUUACGAUGAGUAUCGGGCGGAUUAGAGUGUGAUGGAUUAAAGGCGUUCUUGUGUUUGUGUGGCCACAGCAAAACCGAUUCGAUGAAUGAAAGCGAAACGUGAUGUGAAUGGACGUGCCGGUGCUAUUAGUUGAUGCGCAUUCUUCAGGUAUCGGUUUAAAAAAAUGGUUCGUCGCUUAUACGAUCAGAAGAGAGAGAGAGAGGGAAAGAGACAUUGCAUGAAAAAAAAAGAUUGAAGCGACGAACCUCCAUCUCUAGGGAUUUGUGAAGAGAACGUGAAAAAAGUUGCCAUUUGCCACCGUGAAACGGGUAGCCGUUAAGUGAGUUAUUAAAGUCACUCCGAUGCCGCCAAAUGCGCAUCACAUAUGAGCAUCGCCGUAAAAGAAAAGACAACAAAAACAACCGAGACAUAUAAAAGUGAUCACCACGCUUCGCUUGUUUGUGCCACUUGGC